AUGGCUCCAACUCUGCUGGAUAUGGCUCAGAUUUUUGGUUUUAGGCCUCAUGGAAGACCUGUUGAUGCUGUUGGUGAUUAUCACAGGAAGAAAGACCAGCAGAUGCUAGCCAAGCCAUUCAACAUUUCUCCAGCCCUGAUCAACCAGAAUUGCUCCUUCUCCAAUUAUCUCAGAAAAUUUAGUGCUGAGAAGGACAAAGAUCAGCAGCACAUGUUGUUUCUCCUGUAUUGGCUGAACAGGUUUAUUCUGCCCAAUCGUUCUUCUGCAGUUCUGCUUGAGUAUAGACAUCUGGCAGAAGCUCUGCAUAAUCACACUGAUGUUGGACUUGGGCCUACAGUUCUGGCCCAUUUAUUCAAGAACCUGCAUACUGCCACCUUGGAGUAUCCGCUAAAUCUGUCUGCUCCUGGGGCCUUCUGGAUGAUUCAGAUCUGGCUGCAGGUCUAUUUUCCUGAGUUAAGUUUUCCAGAUAUAGUUCUGCCUGAGGACCAGGUUUUGGCUCAACCAUUGUUGUCAGCAGAAGUCCCCAAGAGGUCAAUUGAUGAGUACCUGAUGAUCUUCAGGCAUUGUACCAAGAGGUCUGCAGCGCAGUGGCAAGUGGUGAUCAGGAGAACCUAUCCUUGGUUUCAACCUGGACAUCGUCUGUUUGAGAAGGAGCCAGAAGAAGAAUCUGCCAGAACUGAUUUCAGGAAGAAGUUCCUGAGUGUGACCUUACCCACAGAUCUGCCUCACGGAGGAGGAAAGCCUCCAAAUUAUCAUUUAUGGGCGGAAGUCUACCAUCCCAACUUCUGUGCAAGGCAGCUUGGCUGCCCUCAACUCAUACCCCUCAAGUCAUACAGAAGCUGCAAUCGGGGCUCUUCUUGGAGGGAUGCAGAUGACUUGGAGGUCCACAAAGAUGUCAGGUGUGCAGUGAAUAAGAUCAACAAUAGUGCAGAUGCCCUUUAUCCUUCAUGGGAAUUGAACUCCUGCAGUUCUGCGGAGUUUGAUGCUUGGUGGAAAGCCAGAUUCCGUGACCUGCCUGCUUCUAGCACCGCACUUCAGGUCCUUUUUAAGGGCUGGGACAAUUGGACUGUUCAUACAGACGAGGAGACUCACAAAUUCAUGGUGCAGACCAUCAAAGACAUCAACAUGCAAGUUAUAGAAGAUCCCUCUUUGACACAAAGUGGAGAGGUGUUUGUUAAUUCUGUUAUUGCUGCUGGGGAUCUAGAGUUGCCCUCCGGGGAUGGAGAAGAGGAAGAAGAGGAAGAAGAAAGAAAGAUCAGAAAAAGAAAAGAAACUGCCCAGUCUGUAACUCUAGCUGGAAGUCCUUCUCCUCCUCUUACUAAGUCAAAAAUACUUAGAAAGAAGAUUGUAGAAGAAUACGUGGCCCCGGAGGGAACUAGGGCAGUUCCUACCACCACUUCUGGCACGGAUGACGAUCUAAGAGAGGCUUUCGAAGCUGUGGAGCAAGAAAAGGAGCUGGAAGAGCUAGAAGAAGUAGGAGAGGGGCCUCAAGAAAAGGCCAAGACAGUGGAAGAAGAGGAGGAAAUCCCUGCUGAGGUGAUAGCGGAGAGCAUUGCCUUGGCUCGGAAGCAGCAGGAAGAUAUAGGGACAAGGCUAACUAACUCAGAGGUGGCCCUCUUUGAUGAUCCAGAGGCGGAACAUUCUACUGCUGCUCCAGCAGCUGAGGACCAAGCGGAACAAUCCGGAUCAGAGCCUGGGGAGCAGGCAGAACAAGUGGUUCCUGCUCCUGAAACCGUAGUAGAAGUAGCUGCUGCCGUUCCUGGGUUUAUGGUAGAAAUACAAAAAGCUGCUGGGACCUUGGCGGUGAGGACCACCCCUUUGCAACCUCCGAUUGUUGCUGUUCAUCUGCCACGGCCUCUUUGA